UAAUUGGUUCAGCCCAAUGUUGUUCAGCGUAGCGCAGGGCAGGUGGAAGGUAGUAGUUGCUGCUAGCUGGCAGAGAAUGCGCAGGAGAGGGCGGCUGGUGUGCUGUACUGCUCAGCUACUGCUUUUGCUGUGCGGAGUGUUUAGGGCGGCUUCUGCUGGCAGAUCUUUACCCACUUUUAAUGAUGACAUCCCGUUUCGGCUCAACUGGCCUGGUCCGGACUUUUCACUGCCAACCACAGGUAUACCAUACAAAGAAGAUAAUUAUAUCAUCUUGACCACAGCGGAUAAAGAAAAAUAUAAGUGUAUGCUUCCAUUGAUGGGCAGUGAUAAUGAGGAAGACGACAGAGAUUAUAAAGGCCCUACACCAGGUGAUUUGUUAGAACCACUCUUCAAACAAAGUAGUUGCUCAUAUAGGAUUGAGUCUUACUGGACAUAUGAGGUGUGUCAUGGAAAACAUAUUCGGCAGUAUCAUGAAGAUAAAGAAACUGGGAAGAAACCAGAUAUUCAAGAAUACUACCUUGGGAACAUGAUGAAAAAAAACUCAUUGGCAGAAACAGGUGAAAAACAGGAUGAAAGCGAGAAAACUGAGUAUCUACGAGAUAGCCACACAAAAAAUAUCGAAGGGCAAAUUACUCCAUAUUAUCCUAUAGAGAUGGGAAAUGGAACCCCCUGUAGUUUAAAGCAAGACCUACCUAGGAGCAGUACAGUCAUGUAUAUUUGUCAUCCGGAUGCAAAGCAUGAAAUUCUAUCCGUUGCUGAAAUAACAACUUGUGAAUAUGAAAUUGUAAUUCUGACACCUCUUCUCUGUAGCCAUCCCAAGUAUAGGUUUAGAACCUCGCCUAUAAAUGAUAUAUUUUGUCAGUCAAUGCCAGGAUCUCCUCUAAGGCCUCAGAGUCUUGAGAAACUUGAACAACAGCAAGAAAUAGUUAAGGGGCCAUUUAAAACCAACAAGGAGGAAGAACGUCAAGCCAUGAAAGAGAAGUUUUCUACUAUUCAUAAGCCAGUUGCAGUUGGAACUCAGCAGCAAGUAACUGUGGGAACUACCCACAUUUCCAAACUGACAGAUGAGCAGCUUAUCAAGGAGUUCCUCAGUGGCUCGUAUUGCUUUCAUGGGGGUGUUGGUUGGUGGAAGUAUGAAUUUUGCUAUGGGAAAUACGUCCAUCAAUACCAUGAGGAUAAAGACACUGGUAAAACAACUGUAGUAGUGGGUACUUGGAAAAAAGAUGAACACCUAGACUGGGCUAAGAAAAAUAAUGCUAGGACAUAUCUUGUAGGAGGAGAUGGAGUACAAACUGUGAGAAUGGUAUCACAUUUCUAUGGUAGUGGUGACAUUUGUGAGUUGAAUGAGAAACCAAGACAGGUCAUUGUAAAAUUAAAGUGCAAAGAAUCUGAGUCUCCUCAUGCAGUUACUAUAUAUAUGCUUGAGCCACAGUCCUGUCAAUACAUCCUUGGAGUGGAGUCUCCUGUAAUAUGUAAAAUUUUGGACACUGCAGAUGAAAAUGGACUACUUUCGAUUCCCAACUGAUAAGAAAGCCAAUACGUGUUCUGCAGACCUGUAAGAAUAAGAUCCACGAAAGCAGAGCCUUGACAUGUACAAAGACUUGUUACAAAUUGUGUAUAUGUGUGUAAAUAAUUGAUAAUACAGUAAAUUUGAAAUAUGAAUGUUA